UUCCUGCCGGGACAACAAGGAACUUUUUGUCAGUCUUGCACAAGAAAAAGCACGUCGUGCUACUUGUGAGGAGUUUGAAACUUCUGCUAUGGCUCCAUUCGGGAAGAACUUCCUGAAAGCUCGUCAGAAAAACAGGACUAAAGACAGCCAGCCCAUCGCUGGGAAGGAAAUCCAGGUGACAGUGUGCAAUGAGGAGAAGGUGGUCUGCGGCGUGUCAAAGCACACUACCUGUGCUGACAUUAUUCAGGCAUUACUAGACGAUCACAGAUCAGCACCGGAGAGCAAGCAGCUCCUGCACGGAGACCCCAAAGACUUCAGUCUGGUGGAGCGCUACAAGGGUUUCGAAAGGGUCUUGCCACCCCUGAGCAGGAUCCUGAGGCUGUGGUACGCGUGGGGGGACCAGAGACCCUUCAUCCAGUUCAUCCUGGUCAAAAGCAACGAUGCUGUGCCUCAGCGGGCGAUGAAGGCAACAAAGACCCGGAACAGAUACACCAGAAAUCCUCAGGUUCUUCCUGUGGAGAAGCAGAAACGCGUAGUGAGGAAGGCCUUUAGGAAGCUUGAGAAACUUCAUAAGGAAAACAAGACGUCCGCCGGCACUGAAGAAAUCGAUCGUAUGGUGCAGCUCAUCCUAAACCAGGACCAAACCAUUCGGGAGCAGAUCCUGCGUAUGGAGGAUCUUGAGACAGAGAUCCAACAGCUUCAAGGGCAGGACGACCAAGAAGACAUGUCGGAAGCAAGCGGGGUUAACUCGGAGGAGAUGGACAAGCUCCUACAAGCAAGCGAUGAUGUUCAGCAGCUGGAGGUUCAGGUCCAGAGGCAGCAGGCACUCAUAGCACAGCUGUGUCGCGACAUAGACAUUGAGCAGAGAAUGGCGGCUGGUGGCGAGCAAGAAAAAGCGUUACCUGCUCCCCACGCAUCCUCCGAGGGCAACGAGUCGCUCCUGGCCGAGUUGGAAAGGAUGCAGGCGGAGCUGAGGCGUAGCUACCUGACCGGCGUAUCCCUCCAUAGUCAGGUGGCCGAGAUAGACAAGCAAAUACGCUGCUGUGAGGCCGCCUGGCUCACCAGGGAUCAAGAGUGCUGGCAGCUGGCAGCUCAGCUUAGAUCGCUGCAAAUGAGCGACGCUGCCCAGGAGACAGCCGGUGGAAACGUGGGGGCGAAAAUGGAGGCCAUGCCGGUCAAGCACGGCUCAUCUCCCAUCGACAUGACGGACACGGACUCCGACACUGGAAUCAGUUCCACGCACAGCCAGGACUCUCUAUUGCCCAGCAUGGACUUCCCUCCACCGCUGGAUACGGAUGUCUAAAGAAACUCUGGACACAAUUUUCAAUCACUGUACAUUUGUCAAGGAUAUCUGGAUUAAACAUAUUUUCACUACUGAACUCAGAGUAGAGAUCUACAAGAUAUCUAUACCACUGGACAUGGAUGUGUAAAGGAUGCCUGGACACAAAUGGCUUAGGAGGCAUUAGGAUGUUUCUACCACGAGACACAAACCAGACUUCUAAAGAAAGUCUACCAUUAGAAACAGACCUUCAAAAGAUGUAUAAAAGAUUUCAACACCACUGAGUGUCUCACAAGUAAUUUUAAUGUCCUGUAGGGUAGAAAAAGCACCAAUGAUAACUGUUGUAAAAGGUCAACUCAAGACACUCACAUUUUUUUCCCCAAAACCUGGUUUUUCAGGCAAACAAACAUUCAUUACCUGACCAAAAAACUACAGCCAAACAAUCCAAAAGGAUUGAAUAUAGAUUUUCAUAUUUUCUGUAAAAGCCAUACUGCACUUAACGUUUUUUUUAAACAAUGUUUUAUAUUAAAACUCACCAGAUAUACUGUAUAUAAAGAAAAUUUGAUUAUAUUUGAUCACAUUCAUUAAGGCCACAAUUGUGAAUUCUGUAUUCCUAAUGUUGAUAUCUGUAUUCUGUCGGUUUUCCAAAAAUAAAUUUGUAGCUUUAAUGCUAUGCUUGUACAAAGAUUAUAUAUUUAUUUAUCCUGCAAUUGUAAUCCACAAAAUGAAGUUGAAAUUUGUAAAAUUUACACUUUCGUAAUAAACUUGAAUAAAAUGUGACAGAAGCGCAAUUUAAUUUAUUUGCACAGAUAAAAAAAAAACAUUGAGAUGUACAAAAAUUCACAGCUCACUUUUUACCUUGAAGGUUUCACUCCCCUUGCAAGCCAACGUUUACAAAAUUGUCUAAUUUUGUUAAAGCCAUGCUAGUUGCAGCAUUAUACACUGCAACGCAAACACAAUGUUAAUCAGAAUGCCGUGUUUUGACUAGUAGCAAUACACACACUUGAGAAUACAAUGUGUUAAAAUUCCCUUUUUGUUCCGCCAAAAAAUGAUGUCAUUUAAUGAUCUGAUUCCGAAAUGCAAAUGUAGGAAUAUCCUUCUGCUCUGCGUAAAAAAAAUAAAUAAAAAUAAAAAGUGUACCCUUCUGGUUUCAAGCAUCUGAAAGAGACUAAAAUUAGGGUGUAACAUAUCAUCAAAAAAGAUCUGUUGGAUUUUUUUUAAAAGGCUUUUCCUGUCAAACGUUCCGCUAACAGACUGCCUCUUUGUUCUCGAGGCAGACGGGCCACACUGGAAGUAGGUGGGGUGUGUGGGGUUAUCUAUUUCACUCACAAAUUGCUAAAGAACCCCCUCUACCAUCCCCUCUCCAACUUUUGUGUUUGAAAGAACACUAGUCUCUUUAACAUAAACGAUUUUAUGUUUGGAACAUAUACAGUGGGGUAAAUAAGUAAUCAGUCAAACCACC